AUGCCGUCAUACUUUGUGCGUCGUUUUACUGUAACUAAAUACUACAAUGACAUAAAACAUGUUGAUAACGGCUUUAAGAUUGCUCCCACGAUUGAUAAUAGUACGGUUGUUCUAACAAAUGAUGAAGAUGAUUAUAUAGUCGAAGAUGAAUAUGAAUCUUUGUCUAAAAUUUCUGAUUAUGAAAGGGAGCUGUCAGACCAAGCGUUAUGGGGACCAUGUAUUGGUUUGAUACCAUCAACAAUGUCAACAAUGGCGGCUUCUGCUGAUAUAGAAGUUGAUUUUGCAGAAGAAUUGUGGCUCAGAUCCUCAAUAACAUGA